AUGUCGAAUCCUCACGACUACACAGUGGGCUGGAUAUGCGCCAUAAGUACCGAAUACGUCGCCGCGCGCGCUUUUCUCGACAAGAAACACGAGCCGGUCGAGUAUCUGUCCCCUCACGAUGAUAACGUAUACACACUAGGCGAAGUGGGAAAACAUAAUGUCGUCAUCGCCACAUUGCCUGACGGCGAAUAUGGAAUAGCCGCAGCGGCUAGCGUGGAAGAUGAUAUGCUGAAUAGCUUCCCAAACAUCCGAUUUACCCUGAUGGUUGGGAUUGGCGGUGGCGCGCCGACUGAAAAGCAUGACAUUCGUCUAGGUGAUCUUGUUGUCAGUAGACCUCGCAAUGGAAACAGUGGUGUAUUGCAGUAUGACUUUGGUAAAUCCAUUCAAGAUCAAGAUUUUCAUAUGACAGGAUUCCUUAAUCAGCCUCCCAGACUCCUGCUGGCGGCUAUAAGCAGCCUUAAAGCUGAAUAUCAGGAGCAUGGCCAUCAGCUUAACGAAGCUAUCUAUAACGUUUUCACGACUACACCAAGGUUACGAGGGAGUUACCAACGACCAGACCAAAACAGCGAUAGGCUCUAUCGAAGCGACUUUGUGCAUCCUCCGGACAAUAAAUCAGACUGUGCGGCUACUUGUGGUGAUAGCCAAUCAAAUCUUAUUUUACGACGUCAAAGGGCUAAAGGUGAAGAUAACCCGGUCAUUCACUACGGUCUUAUUGCAUCUGGAAGCCAGUUAAUGAAAGAUGCCGUGGCCAGGGACAAGCUAGCAGCGGAGAAGAACGUCUUAUGUUUUGAGAUGGAAGCCGCCUCGCUAAUGAACCGCUUUCCCUGUCUGGUUAUUCGCGGCAUAUGCGACUACUCGGACUCUCAUAAGAAUAAAAAAUGGCAAGGCUAUGCAGCAAUGGCAGCGGCUGCGUACGCCAAAGACCUACUUUCUCAAAUUUCUCCCCGUAAGGUCGAGGAUCAGGCGAGACUCAGUGACGUUCUCUCAGGCAUCCAAAACGAAAUUAACGUCAUGUCAAACGGACUGGACAAACUUGUGGGGGACCAAGAGCACGAAGCCAUUCUAAACUGGCUUACGCCAGUGGACUAUGCCCCGCAUCAGACCGACUAUCUCAGGAGACAGCAACCAGGAACUAGGAAGUGGCUUAUUGAUUCCGCGGAGUAUCAAUCAUGGCUUAAAACUGACAAUGACGAACUGACGUUGUUCUGUCCAGGCAUGCCAGGGGCGGGGAAAACAAUCUUGACAGCAUUGGUGGUCGAAGAGCUCACCACUCGAUUUCAAAACGAGGAUAGUAUUGGAGUUGCCUAUCUCUAUUGCAACUUUCGGCGACAGCACGAACAGAAAGCCGAAGACUUACUCGCAAGUCUACUGAAACAAUUAAGCCAGAGGCAGUCCCCAUUACCAGAGAGCGUGAGGGCUCUUUACUCGCGUCAUGAAAAGAAGCGAACGCGACCAUCUUUCGCCGAAAUAUCGACAACUCUCCAGUUGGUGACUUCCACGUUUUCAAACAUCUUUGUCGUCGUCGAUGCGCUUGAUGAAUGUCAAGCGGCCGACGGCUGCCGGGCGAGAUUCCUAUCAGAGAUUUUCAGCCUCCAAGCUAAGCAAGGAGCAAAAUUCUUGGCAACUUCGAGGCUUAUCCCUGAAAUUACCGAAAAUUUUGAGGAAGCCAUGACAUUGGAAAUCCGGGCAAGCAAUCAAGACGUGCAGGCCUGCUUGGCUGACCGCAUGUUGCAGUUUCCGGAUUGGGUGCUUCGCAAUCCGGAGCUUCAAGACGAAAUAAAGACCGGAAUUAUAACAGCAGUGGAUGGGAUGUUUUUACUAGCGCAGCUUCAUCUUGAUUCCUUGAGGGAGAAAAUGUCGCUAAAGGCUCUACGCACUGCUUUAAGAAAACUCCCAACCGGCUCUGAGGCCUAUGAUUGUGCAUAUGAGCACGCCAUGGAGAGAAUCAAAGGUCCAGUUGCGAAGCGAGUCCUCUCUUGGAUCACCUGCGCCAAGAGGCCCCUGACGACGUUUGAACUUGAACAUGCACUUGCUGUCGAAGCUGAGGGAUCCCGGCUUGAUGAAGACAAUGUAUGCCGAGUAGAAGACUUGGUGUCCCCGUGUGCUGGUUUAGUCACAAUUGAUGAGGAAAGCGGCAUUGUCAGACUAGUCCACUACACGACGCAGCAAUACUUUGAGCGCACUCAGGCGAGGUGGUUUCCAAACGCAGAGCACGAUAUCGCAAGGACUUGCGUUACGUACCUGUCCUUCGAUAAUUUCGAAAGUGGGUAUUGUGUAAACGACGAUGAGUAUAGAGAACGGUUGCGACUGAACAAACUUUACAACUACGCGUCGCAGUACUGGGGGCAUCAUGCUCUCAAGUGUUCGACUUCAAUUCCAGAGGUUAUUGACUUCCUCGAACGGGAAAAGCAAGUUCAGGCAUCGAGCCAGGUAAUCGCAGCCUCAAUGCCAUACUUGGAACGGCCUCUUUACCCAUCAACUCGCACAAAAAUGACGGGAUUGCAUCUGGCAGCAUACUUUGGGAUCGAGAAAGCAACGAGUCAUCUGCUCAACAACAAUGCAAUGGAGUCGAGAGACUGGUACGAUCGGACACCGUUGUGUUUCGCAGCGCGGAACGGGCACACAGCAGUGGUGCAGCUGCUCAUUGCCAGCAGCAAGGUCGAUCCAGAUUCAGCAGACAGACGUGGUCAAACGCCGCUGUCUAUCGCGGCAAGGAAAGGACACGAAACGGUGGUGCAGCUACUCUUAGCCCAGAAAGACAUCAACCCUGAUUCCAAAGAUGACGACGGCAAAACUCCUCUGUGGUGGGCAGCACACAAUGGGGGAACAGCAAUAGUGAAACUGUUGCUCACAAUGGGCCGAGUAGACUUGGAGCCGAAAGACGGGGCGGGUCGAACGCCAUUGUCGUGUGCGGCAGGGAAUGGGCAUAAGGAUGUAGUACAGCUGCUGCUCACUAAACAUGAGAUUAGCUUGGAUGCGAAGGACGCGUACGGCCGGACACCAUUAUCAUGGGCAGCAGGGAACGGGCAUGGAUCAAUUACGCAGUUGCUAGUCAGCAACGAUAACGUCAAUCCGGACUUCAAGGACGUGGAUGGCCGAACACCGUUAUCGUGGGCCGCGGGCCAAGGGAGAGAGGAGACGACAAAGGUGCUGCUUGCUCAAAAGAAUGUUGAUCCAGAUUCGAAGGAUACCGAUGGCCGAACAGCAUUAUCCUGGGCCGCGGGUCAAGCGAGUGACCCCUGGGUUCCAUGGCGUUGGGAGAAGACUGCAAAACUACUGCUUGCGAAUGAAAACGUCGACCCUGGAUCCAGAGAUCAUUACGGGCUUACGCCACUAUCAUGGGCUGUUGUACAAGACCAAAGGGAAAUUACAGAGGCGCUACUGACACGGGGCAGCACCGACUUAAACUCAAAGGAUAAUUAUAGUGGUCGAACGCUGCUAUCAUUUGCAGCAGGAAAUGGCCACACACAGAUUGUUGAGAUGCUACUUACACGUGGCGCCAGUCUUAACAUGAAAGAUAACGAUGGCAGAACUCCUCUAUCAUGGGCUGCAGGGAACGGGCAUGACAUGGUCAUUACUAUAUUGCUCGCCCAGGCGGAAAUUUGCCCCGAUCUGGAAGAUAACGAUGGCCGGACACCAUUAUCAUGGGCAGCAGGUAGGGGGUUUAAAGGGGCAAUAAAACUGCUUCUCGCGAGAGCUGGAGUUGAUGCGAACUCGAUGGACAGCAACGGAUGGACUCCGCUACGGCAUGCAGUUGAACAUGGGCACGCGGUGGCUGCUAACCUGCUACUUCUGGCGCAUAACUACGGGGACGUUAUAGAGAAUGAUGAUGCGGCGGAUAAUAGCGAGACUGGUGAGGAGACUGAUGAGGAGACUGAUGAGGAGACUGAUGAGGACUAUGAUUGUGAGGAGACUGAUGAGGACUAUGAUUUUGAGGAGACUGAUGACGAUAAUGAUGUUGACGAGCCUUAUGGGGACGAUUAUGGUGAGGAAGCUCAUGAGGACGAUGGUGGUGACGAAACUUAUGAGGAUAAUCAUGGUGACGAGAACGAUGCGUACAAAGAUGCCAGCGGAGACGCCGACGCCGACAAUGGUAUACUUCCAGUUCGCCAAAGAGACGAUCCUGCCGCACUGACACCAAUGUCGGGAAGUACCGCUUUUCCGGACUCGGUUGCAAGCACACCGACUGGGAAGAAAUCAACAGACCUAAAAUCUGUUUUGGUCACUGAAACUGUCACCCGUACUACAGAAAGACUACAAAGCUUGGGAAUUAAAGACUCUACAACGUCUCCGGGUAAAACAACACGGGCGCCCAGAUCAACUCUUUUUCCAACCACUGAGAGGUGGCCUGCAGGAAAGCGUUUUCCGUCUUUGGCUACAGCAACACGGGCGCCCAAGUCAACUCUGUUUACAAGCAGUGAGAGGUGGCCUGCAGGAAAGCUUUUUCCGUCUCUGAAAGACGAGGGUCUCGCACAACAAAAACCUUUGCCACUACCUACUCCAUCGACCAACCCAGCGUCCAAAGGAUCUGUCUUCAUUUUCGGGAAUUCUACUUGGAGUACGGGAUUGUUUGACCAAGAGGCUAUGACAGCGACGAAGUCGUCUAUUUUCUCAGCUGAGACCGGUACAAACUCUGGUCAAAUUUCAUCAAUUCCGCCUGGCCCAACGGCGGAGACACCGCCCCGGGAUGAUUUCCUUGUUGGUACCGCUUUAGGUGGCGAAACUGCUUUGAAGCCCAAUUCUUUUAGUCCUCAUAGGACAGAGAAAGAGGUGCUUGUUCCGCCCAAGAGCGGGAACAUAACGCGAGGGGAGACGGGAGUUCCAGAAGCCCAGGAUGUUGAAGAGAGUUAG